AUGUUCCAGGAGUACUCUUUUGAGCAGCUUAGGCUUGCCACAUCAGGUUUCGCUUUAGAGAACAUUGUGUCUGAGCACGGGGAAAAGGCUCCCAACAUUGUUUACAAAGGGAAGUUGGAUGCUCAGCGGCGGAUUGCUGUUAAGCGAUUUAAUAAAUUUGCAUGGCCAGAUCCCCGCCAGUUCUUGGUACAAGUCUAUACUACAGUCCAGACUCACUGUUAUUCUUGGCUACGAUCCACUUCUUUUUCAAUCUCCGUAUAUUUUAAAUAAAGUUGACUUUCAAGAGUUAAAAGUAGUGGGAGUGUCGUUAGUUACUCUGCUGAGAGGAGACUGCCAUGUUGUGUUCCAGUGAACCUGGUUCUUUGAAAACGAGAGAUCUUUGAAAACGGAUAGGAGUAACAUAUGGGUUCAUUUUUUAUUUUUUUAUUUCUUUGUAGAAAGUCCUGGUUUGUCUGUUGUUUAAAAAGUGAUUCAAAUCUGAAUCAGCCUGAGCCUUAAAGUGCUGUGACGUCGUUUUCAUUUGCCUUGCAGUUCAAUCCUGUGCAUUUUAGUGACUUUGGGUCAGUUUCUUAAAUGGCGUCCGGUACAUUUUUUUACACCUCAUAAAAUAUUUUGGGACUUUGCUGGAGGGCAGUGGCAGGAGGACGAAUAUAGGAACCUUUGACGUGGGAUGGCAGAUCUGAUUCAGCUAGUUAGAAAUGUCAAGAAACAAACGCUGAAAAUAUAACCCUACAAAAUAAGCAAUAAUAAUGCAGGAAAUAUGGGUGAAAUAUGCUAGGCCAAGGUGAAAUUACAUGCGAUGCUGAUAAAGGCAUUAUUUGUUUCUUAGCCUCUGGGGAUUUCCAGAAGUAGUUGGCUUUAUCUUGUCAUAAAAAAAUAUUCGGCUGAGAUGCUGUCGACAUUUGCUUCUGAUAAGCUGUGAAUUCACAUUGAAUUAUAUAAUUCACAAUUAAAUCGUAUGUUCUGUGUUAGAUACAACAUGUAGCCACCCUGAAUUGGCAUCAGCUUGGAUUUCUCAUUUGAGGUUUUGAUGAGAGAAAGCGGAAGAAAGAAAAUUUGUGGUAAAGAUUCUAGUUUGAUAAUGUUAGAAUUGGCUCAUCUAUAAUGUUGCUGAUGGCGCAAUACUAACAUGGUACUGGAUUAAACCUCCUCAAAGUUGGCUGCAGCACAAAUGGUGGUUUCUGAUUCACCUGUUUUUUGUAUGUCUCUUAAAAAACGUAGCCAAACUGAUUGUAUAUCAACUUGGGUACAUGAUUUGGAUUCUGACACGAAAAUAAAACAAAAUUAUUCUUAGAUUAGUGUUUCAAAAUUUAUUAGGGUGGGGAUCGUGCAUUUGGCUGCAGCACAAAUUGUGAGUUAAAUAUGCAUUAUUGUAAGGCAAUACAAGCAUGGUUUUGAUUUUGUUAUGACUUUUAAAUGAGUAUAAGCAUAGAAAUUACAGUACGCAUGUAAUUCUGUAUUUUGGGGUUUGGGAUCCGUGUCUCUCGAAAUUUAUGGGUUUACAUAAUUGAAUUUCGUAUCAGUUGUUUUGCUGUCGCUGGGAUUCUGCAUUUUUUCAGGGAAUUAAAAAUAGGAAUGUACCCGUGUCAAGUGAGCUUAAACAUCCUAACUGACUACACCUUAUAGCUGGCUUCACGGGAUUUUCAAAUGGUGAUAUUCUGCAAAAAGUUGCCUGAAGGAAUCUGACACUUUCUCAAGGUUUGGCACAAUCAAACGCUAGGUAGUAAAAAUUGCUUAAACCCUUUGUGCACGGCCAAACUUAAAAAGUAGGUUUAAAAUGGCGAUCACUUUGAUCGUGCCACUUGAUUAGUUUUUGCAACUUACAAUUAUAGUUUAAAUCCAGGGAAAAUGAACAGCUUUGGUGAAGUAUAAUCAGUAUUUAUAAAUUUAUUUCUUAAAACAAGAAGAAUAUCUUAAAAUUAUGCUUUUUAAAACUAUAAGCAGUUCUUAAAAAAUUCCCCCCAAAAAAAAAAACUUCAUUUAAAGAAGAAUGGAUGAACUGAUAGAUGCAUCUUCUUCCCAUUUCUGCCCUGGCUGUGAUUUUGAUUUUUUAGCCAGUUCUGACGUCCAAAUUCAUAUUAGCGUACUUCAUUUGGGCUCAUUUUACCUCUUUUGCAUCCAUUGCAUUUGAUACAACUGAUGUGAUGACCUCCAUAUGAAAGUUUUAGAUCGAGCUAAGUAUUCCUGAUCUAAAACACCGCUGGUUUUAGUCUUUUAGCUUGGUUUGGAAAUGCGUGUGGAGUACUUCUUUUCAUAAUCUAUUUGUUUGUCUGACUUUGUUAUUUGAGUGGGAAACUAUCUCUUAUACAUUUUGUCAAAUUUUCCAGGAUCUCGUGUUAAGUUCAUGUCUAGAUAUUAAGAAUCUCUUUCGAAUAUCAGUUAUUGAAAAGGAUGCCCCUGGAAUUUUGCUUCUGUCGCUUGGUGAUUUUCGAAUUAAUAUAAAAGUUUCCUGAACAAAAAUGAACUGAAUCGUCAGAGGUUUUAUUCUAGAAGGAAAACGUUUAAGAAAUAUUCCCGAAAAGAGUGAGGAUUAUCUUAUUUUCUUAAUCAUAUGAAUCAUUCUAUUUUCUCUUUUAUUUGUAGGAAGAAGCUAAAUCUGUCGGUCAACUUCGCAACAAUAGGUUGGCAAAUUUGCUCGGUUGUUGCUGUGAAGGGGAUGAGAGAUUGCUUGUAGCAGAAUACAUGCCAAAUGAGACACUUGCAAAACACCUUUUUCACUGUAAGUCUUGUAAUAAUUAUAACACUUUUUUUUUUCUUUUGACAUAAAUGUACCCUUAUUAAAUGGAUUAUAUAAAAUGUAGAGAUGCUAUGUCGAUGACUUGAACAUGAUAUUUCAGUUCAUACGGGGCUUCCACAAACACUUCAUCAUGUUAUGAUUAUAUCUGCGUGGUUUAGUCUUCCAAAGGCCAUACCACAGGGAAGUGGCCUUGGGAUGCAAUAAGAAUGAAAGAGGAGAGAGUCUGAUGAAAAGUUUUCCAUUUGUAUUAAGGGAACGAAAUGAUUGCCAUGGAGCCGGAGUGGACAUACUUGUCAUCUAGGCAAAGAGAAAUUCAUCUGUUAGACUGGAAGACAUGCUUGUGCUUAUCUAUGUUGUCCCAAAGAAACAUGAAUCUUCCUAUUUUCUUUGCGAGUCUUUCCCCAUAUCCUCUUGUUUCUUUAUGGAGGAACCCAUAAAAAUAGAGGAAUCCUACAGGAACCCAUCUGAAGAUUUACAUUAUGUUUUUCCCUUUUCCAUUUAUAUAAAAAUUUACUCCAAAGAAAUUCCAUAGUAAUACACCAAGAGAUUAAUGUGGUUUUAUACCGUUACAAACUUCAUGUUGUUUAAAUAUUUAAUAUUGCAGGGAAAUAAAUAUUGUCCCGUUCCAUGUCCAGUAAAGAAAAAAUUAUGAUCGUUAAAAUAACAGAAUUGAGAAAACUGUCAAAUUCCAGGUUUUUAAAAAAUGUGUGAGUUAUUAUUACCUGUUUGACAUGGAGACCUAAAAACCUAGUCACGCAGAAUUAUGUCUGAUACUCUUUGAAAUUUCUUUGAGAUUUAAUGCUUGCUGCCAGAGAGGUUGUGAUACUAAAAGAAGAAGAAAUAGAAGAAGACAGGGUGUGAGACGUGCUCCUAAUUCCAUUAUGAUGGGAUAAGAAAAGGAGAGGAAGCAAAAUUGAAGUAGUGGAAGAGGACGAGAGAAAAUAUAAGAGGAAGAUGAGCUUGUCCCCAAUUCUCACAUCGGAGGUGAACUGUAUAACUGUGAGAUUGAAGUGAAUCAUCCGAAGGAGCAGUCACGGAAAUCUCGAAUGUCACAGACUGGCCGAUGUCAUUAUUGUACCUACCUCUCGUAGCCAGUAUCACCACCACUGAUCCGACAAUAGAUUGGAAUGAUAUGGAUAAUGGCCAUGUUAACCAGACAUGGAAAGUUCAGAGAAGUCUUGAAUUUUCAAACAAUGCCGUGAUGUGUGAAUCUAUUUUCCUGGUUUGGACUGCAUCUCCAGGAUGCCAGCAUUAGGGUGGAGAGAGACAACCUUAGGGGAUAUGGAUCAUGUGGCCUCUUCAAUAUGAAGGAUGGUAUCAUGAACGCUUUUUCCAAAAACUUGGGUUGGAGACUACACAUUAAGCAAAUUCAUUAUGGAUAACAAUCUAAAUUUAUGCUAUGUUGAAGACUCGAAAUCAUUCUGUUCGAGAUGCAAAAUGUGUUUAAUUGGAUGGGAAGCGAUGGUAGAAGCUUUAUUUUCAGUUGGUUCAUGGAGUUUGAAUCUGAAGUCAGAUCUGGAAGAUCAAAGAUUUACAGUCGUGUGGAUCGCAUUGCUAAAAUAAGAUACCUGCUAACAUUGAAAAAAGAUGCCAAUCCUUAAAGAGUGUCUGCAAGGUGUCCGUUUAUCAAGUAUACAGAAUGAGAUCUAUAGAUAACGUCUUUGGUUAUCUCACCUCAUGUGAGGGUAUCUUUGGACAUGAAAUAAGCCCUCAAUCUGUGGAUUGUUUCAGGAUACAUGAACUUUGUAAUGUUUAGAAAAUCUGGAUGCUCAUUUUUGUCUGUUGGUUUGAAAGUGGUUGGGACCAAGAGGCGCCAUUUGAUCUGUACACAUGGGUUAAAAGUUACUACCCCAUGACAUAUUUUCAAUCGUGGGUUUUGGAUUUCUCAUUUCCAUAAAUUCAAAUUUGAACCAUCAGCAGCCUUCGAUCUGUCUUGACAAACCCCAGGAAAUCAAUAUUUCGAUAGUUUGUUUUUUGGCUCUUUGUUAUUUUAUUCAUGCAUCCUGAAGGGUGGCCUUAUUGUUAUAGAUAGUUAGCCAGUGACGCUUUUCUGGUUUUAGGUAGCUAUGUAGUUGGUAGACCAGUAUCUUCUUAUCUUAUGUAAGGCCUGAAAGCCAUACGCACCACUGAGUUUUGUAAUCUCUCUACACAGAAAAGCAGCUCUAUGUAUCUUUCAUAGUUUGAAAUGUUUUCCUGGUACAAGAGGAACGGUUUGAAGAACAUAUCUUUCUCCUUUGAUCUCUCCCUACUCCCGAAACUUUCUUUUUUCUUGUAUAUCAUCCUUAAGAUUCUUCGUUUUUGCCUCGAUUCUCAAAAGAAUGUCUUUUCCAGCAUUCCUUCUUGCUAAACGGGCCUCAACUCAAAGUUUAUCUAAUCUUCAUCCUUCUUAUGCCACCAAGAGCCUCAGGUUAAAUAAACUUGCUCGCAUGGAAGAGGCUAAGAACUCCAUCAAUAAGGAAGCAGGAUUUCUUUUGUCACUUAGAUGGUAUUCCAAAUUACGAACAUUAUAGUUAAUUUUAUGCAGCAGGAGAAUAAGCUUCAGGUGAAACAUUCUAUCGGAUCUAGCUCCUCCUGCCUUUUCCCUUCCAGUUGAAAAAUUCAGUCACUAACGAAGGAAGUCAUCUGAAGACUAGGCAAGCUAGUACCUUACUGAGUUGCUGUCAUCUUGUGCCAUUGUUUUAUUCUCAAUGCUUGAAGCCUCGAAGAAGUGACGAACUUCUUGUUUCAAUAAUCCUCGUGGAACUUUGUGCUUAAAUGGAAUGUUCACCCCACCCUGUGGAAAAUUAUUGGCUCAAGCUUCCAGCUCAAGAUUACAUUCACCUAGUACUGUUUCUGUUUUUAUUAUUUAUCACUCGAAUUUUCAUAUGGAUUAUCGUUUUUAUCUGUCUUUUUAUCCGUUUUUUCCUUUUACUAAGUGAUAUGUUGUGGAAUCAGAAAUGGGAAUUGGACUGAGAUAUAAGUCAGAUCCUAACCUCAUCAUGAUUUGUUUGAUCAUCCAAUUUAAACCAUUGUUGAAAAACCUACCGUGAAAAUUGACAUCAGUAUUUGCCGACCCCUUAUCCACGUGUAAGGUUUUUAUCUGCUCACAUAGACCCGUGCAUGAUAGUCCUGAACUGAUCCUAUCUGUUGGCUGAUUCUGUACCAAAAAAAUUGACUCUAUGCAUCUAAGAGAAUUGAACUAUGUGAUGUCUGCUAGUUUAUGCCUGUUGGAAAGGGAAAUAUUUCAUUUGUCGAUUCGUGCUGUAUUUGCUUGUAUCAUUUCCUUGCUGCUAUUUUUUCCCACAAUCAUUUCGUAAUGUAGACUUGUAUGUGGCUGCUAAUCGAGACUUGUAUGUCUGCUUUGCGGUAAAGCCAUUAUAUCAUUUUUGUAUGAACAGACUUGAAACUCGGCCUUAUAGUCUCUGAAAUAUUGUGCCAUCUUUGUCUUUUGUAUUUUCGCUAUACAGGGGAAACGGAGCCCAUGAAAUGGUCUAUGCGAUUAAGAGUAGUAUAUUAUCUUGCAGAAGCCUUAGAGUACUGCACCAGCAAAGAUCGUGAUCUUUAUCAUGAUCUUCAUGCCUAUAGAGUUUUGUUUGAUGCUGUGAGUAUUUUUGUCUGUUUUUAUCCUGCCAUGUGUUUAUUUCCUGCACUUUGGUUUUUUGGUUCUCUAAUAUUUGAUUGAUUAUUUUUUCGCAGUUUGGCAACCCUCGACUUUCAUGUUUUGGAUUGAUGAAGAAUAGUCGGGAUGGGAAAAGUUACAGCACAAAUUUGGCUUUUACACCCCCUGAGUAUUUGAGAAAUGGUCAAUUAUCCUUGCUGGAAAUUUUAUCAGAGUCAAGUUUUGUUAAUUGUGUAUUUGUUACGUUUGAAACUGAAUCUUUUUGCUGACUUAUUUUGGACUUUUCAAUAUCAGAACUUCUGAGUCUCUCACGUGAUUGAUGAGAUGAUUUCUGUGCGCAAUACUUAUUUCCUUUGUUAAACUAUCAUGUGCUCAUUUUGUUAAAUUAAAAUUUACUAUUUUCUUGUCCAGCGUGUACUAUAUCGUAUUGUCUUGAAUAUGACUCUGGACUAGUGUCUGAGUGUUCAGCCAUGUUCCAUGUUUUUAUUUAUUUAUUAAUAUUAUUAAUUUUAAAAAUAAAUUUAUGUUUUAUCCCAGUUAAUAUACGUGGUCUAUUCUGUGGGCGAAUAGCUUAAUAGUUUUGUCUUGUUUUUUUUCAAGUAUUUUUUAUGCACCUGGAUUUACAUUUGUAGCUAAAAUGUUUGAAGCUGAUCCUCAUAUAUGACCGCAUGUUUCGAUAUGCAGGAAGAAUUACGCCAGAAAGUGUAAUAUAUAGUUUUGGCACUCUCUUGCUAGAUGUUCUUAGUGGAAAACAUAUUCCUCCAAGCCAUGUAAGCUCUCUAGCCCUACGUUCUUCCAUGAUGGUCAUUCUAAAACAGCAAAAUUUUUAUUUUAUCACAUUUUUCUCCAAAAAAAGGAUUAAAUAGUUAAACAUCGGUAAACACUUCUCAUUUUUCUGAUUUUUUGACAUUAUUUAGGAGUAUUCAUUUUUAUAUUUUGAUCGAGUUGGAAAUGCAAUCUUUAGUAAUGUAAAAUUUUUACUACUCUCUCACGACUGAUUGAUACUGCACAUGUAAAAUGAACAUUGCAUACGUGUAGUGCUGCUUGUAAAUAAUGAUUUUUUUUUUAGGGUUAACCACAAGGUGCGAUACUGACUUCAUCUUGUCAAUUCUGAUUAUUUUUGCCUUUUCGUUAAAUAAUAUAGCUCUGGUUUCUGUGUAUAAAUAAAACUUAGAUUAAAUGCAAUUUAGUGGUUCUAGUCAAAAUCAAAUAUUUUUGGGUCGACCCCAAAAUGCAACAGGGACUUCGUCUCUUGUCAAACUUGAUGAUUCCACUUUUAGGUUAAGUAACAUGGCAGUGGUCUCUGUACAGAAAGUAAGACUAAAAGUAAACAUCAGUUCAAUUUAUCAGCCAUUCUCUAGUUGGUUUUCGGCAUGGUAUUUUGAUGUUACAUCACUCAUUUCUUAAAGUCAGCUACUAUUUAGAUUUGGAAUAUCGAAUAACAGAUCAUAUCAGUCUUUAGUUGGCUUGCUAUAAGAAUCUGCCUUGGGAGAACCACAUGUACUUUUAUUGGUUUCUUUUUCCUUAAAUUUGUGCUCUGUCCUGCACUGUUGAGAUCUUAUCUAUUGGCUUAUGUUGAUUCAUGAUCUUUUGAAAGCUUCUAUUUUUUUAAAAAGCUAAUCAUUCAUAGUCGCCUUUGAAAGCAUAUUUGAAUGUUUUUAUCGUUGAUUAAUUUUGCUCGAGCUCUUGGUGCUCCGUAGUUCGUGUGCACCUCACCUCUUACCACAUUAUUUACUAUCUUAGCCAGUAAACUUAGCUUUUGAACUUGUUUCCUUAUUUUCUCUGGAUAAAUCUAUUUUUCUCCGCCAUUAUGCUUUACUUUCUGAGCCUAAUUCUUUUAUUUUUGGAAAUACUGUACAGGCACUCGACCUGAUACGAGACCGAAAUUUUAAUAUGCUAAUGGAUUCCUGUCUGGAGGGACAAAUUUCAAAUGAGGAUGGAACUGAGUUGGUGCGGUUAGCUUCUAGAUGCUUGCAAUAUGAACCUCGAGAAAGGCCUAAUCCAAAGACCUUGGUGUCUUCGUUGGCUCCUCUUCAGAAGGAUGUUGAGGUAAUAUUUCGGAUGGGCAAUAUCAGAUGCAAGGAAGCAUUUCAUUUCCCACAUUCUUAAGUGCCAGAGGUGAAAAUGAUUCUGUUUUGGUAAAUACACUUCUUCACUGAUGCGACCACAGGAGAGAUGUAUCCAUUUAUAUAUAUGUAUACAUGCGCGCAUGUGUAUGUAUGUAUGUAUGCACGUAUAUUUUGUGCGUGUCUACUCUUGACGGAGAAUUUUCUCCAUUUUUCUUUUUGUAUUUUAUCUUAAUGCAUUAAUGUAUGAUGUGAAACGUGAAUUCUGACAAGACCGCCCAGACAAGAAAUGUCCUAUUCGAACUAAUUUAAUGAGAGUACUGUCGGUUAUAUUUCUUUUUGAAAAUUACAAUGUAGGAGUUUGGGCACCGAAGUUGCAUUGCCUCAUGAAACCAGUUAUACAUCAGUUCUUCGGAAAAGUUCCUUUCAGAAUUUAGAACUGGUUGGCGUCGUUUUCAAGUCAUGCUAGUUGAAAUUAAUAUGUUAUAUUUUUCCUACAUUCCAGAUGUAGCUGGUUGGCUUACUUAUUUCUUCAUCCCUGGAAUAUCUAGAAAAAAUAAUAAUAAAAAGAGUUAUUUGACUUUAGUCACUCUACUUCAGGUUCCUUCUCAUGUGUUGAUGAAUCUUUCAAAUGGUGACAAACCAACAAUGGAGUCAUUGUCCUUGUCUCCGCUUGGGGAGGCUUGCUUCAGAAUGGACUUAACAGCGAUUCACGAAAUUUUAGAGAAGAUCGGCUACAAAGAUGAUGAGGGAACAGCAAAUGAGGUUUUCUACAUAUCAUUUCUUAAUACAGAUUUUUAUGUCUAUUAUUUUCGGGUCUCAUUAUAAUCACAUUCCUCAAAUAUAUUGCUCAAAAAAGUAUUGAAUGUAUGCCAUGUCCUGAGUGCUUUUUAUUCGAAAUUAGCAUCAACACUCCAAACGCUUUAUCAAUUAAAAGAUGAACCGAAGGAUUGUAGGAGAAAAUGAAAUGGAGUUCUAUGACUUGAAUGAUGAACGAGAUGAUAGUUUGUAAUGCUUUCUCUUCAUUGGCAAUGGAACAAAGUUAUGCAGGAUGUCAAUAGUUCAUCCUUGUUCAAUCGGAACUUUGAUUUUGGGAAGGGGGACAAGACAAAAGUGAAACGUUUAUCUUCCCACUUUGUUCAGCUGAGUUAUUGUGCUCCAAUUGUAGGAAAAGAAAUAAUCACGCUCUAAUGUUCAUAAUUGGAAUGGUUAUCCAAUCUAAAUCUAAUUAUGCGUUAAUUUUUUUGGCCCCUGAUUACAGAAAGCGUGCGGCUCAUCAACCAUUUUCUUGAUCCUACAUAUUCCCCAUUGGAGAGAGAGAGAGAGAGAGAGAGAGAGAGAGAAGAAUGGAAUGGAGAUGGGUGUGGGAAAGAAAUCACACUCCCAUAUAAAGAACGGAUUCGAAAAUCAAAAGAGCAAUUGGGUUGGAGAAAUAAAUGAUCUUUAUCCUUUUUUCUUGUAAUAUUAAAAAAUCCCUUGAAUGAAAUACUUGGCGAUCGCCUUGGUGGUUCCGGUACUAUGCUUGAAUAGGAGGAAUCAGAUGAAAUCGUGACAAGACAGUGGCAGAGCAGAGAAAGGAGCUAACACAGAGGAUAUAUUGUAAUUUUUCUCAUUAUAUUGCGGUUUCCUGCUCCAGAGUAUAUUUUUAUUUUAGGCUGAUACUCUUUUCUCUCUCCUUUACAUCACAGAUUAUUGCUGUUCGUCUAAUGUUUCUUGGUUUUUCUUCUCCUCUGCAGCUCUCUUUUCAGAUGUGGACCAACCAGAUGCAGGAGACAUUGAAUUCAAAGAAGAAAGGGGAUACAGCCUUCCGGCAAAAGGAUUUCGGCACUGCAAUUGAGUACUACACUCAGGUAAGUCCCAUUUACUACUACGAUAUCUUAGCAGGUUUGUCUGCACGAGCUCUUGAUAUUUACUUGCCAACUUACUCGCCCUCACCAGCCCAACGUGAAUAGUUGUGGGUAGAAGUGAAAACUGCGCAUAUGAGUGAACGAAGUCGCCAGAAUAUAGUCUAUGUAAAAUAAUCAUUCGUCAUAGAUUGGAGUCGGCAUUAGGAAAGUCUUUCUUGGGAGGACCGUAGAGACCUCUGGUAAGAAACCCACAAAAUUAAAAUAAAAUAAAAUCUGGGCUUCUUUUUUCGAUCCAUUUCUCACAAGAUUAUAUCAUCUUGCUGCAAUUUUCCAUGUCAGAAACCUGAAUCCAGGGUUCCUAAUGUCGUAAUUUUUUUUCCGAGAAGGGUAAUAUGUGUGCCCAAGACUAUGUUCCCUCCGACUUUGACUUUAUUUUUUUCCAAUAUGAGUAACCCACCCGCCCCGCCCCCCUGCAGUUCAUCGACGGGGGGACGAUGAUUUCACCGACGGUCCUGGCACGUCGGUCCCUGUGCUGCCUGAUGAAUGAUCAGCCCCAGCAAGCCCUCAGCGAUGCGAUGCGGGCCCUGGUCAUAUCGCCCUCCUGGGCCACCGCGUGCUACCUCCAAGCCGCCGCCUUGUUCGCCCUGGGAAUGAAGGACGAGGCCGAAGAAGCCCUGAAGGACGGAUCUCAGAUGGAAGCCAAGAGCAACGGUGGCCCCGGGUACUGA